CCUGGUAGGCUGGUGUCAGUAAACAUCCCUGGGGAGCACCAUGCGAGCUGCAAUGCAUUUCGUCCUGGCACUGCUACUCAGCGAUGCCCUAAGCCCCCAGAACUCCCUGCUGGAGAGCUGCCAGCGAGGAAGUGAGAAAACAGCACGAGCGUCAUCGGUGCUGUGCCACGUAGUGACAGCUCGCGGGGCUGAGGCAGGCUGAGAGCUGUGGAGGCAGUAGAAAAUGCCAGGCGAGCACAUUGGGUUGUGGCAGAAGUGGUAACACCUGCAGGGGGAUGGAGGAAGGGCUCUGUGAGCAGCCAUGUGUGCCAUGGAGCAGCUGAUGGGUGGCCAGGGCACGGGGCAAAAAACUGCAAGGAUCCUGCCCCGGUGGUGUUCAGGAACCACCAGGAGACAUGCGAGGUCUCUGCAGAUCACACUUCAUUGUAGCUUUGCCUACCAGUGGCUGAUGUUGAGUCGCUCUGCCAUAUCCUGGUGAACCGGCGCAUCACGGCCACCUGCUUUGUGCCUGCUGACACGGUCCCUGCCUUGAAGCCUCUCGGGGCUGACGAUGGAAGUAGCUGCCCUCGCCUGGUGUAGGGUGACUGCAGCACUGAGCUGUGAAUGGAAGCGUGGUGCUGGAGCGACACUAUGAACUGAGCGACCUCCAGGGUUGAUUUUGACUGCUUGUGGUUAAAUACUGGUAGCGAUGGCUUUGCCGUAGACCAUAGGAGUGUGCAUCAUCCUCGAACACUGUCCAAAAAAAUAAGUGGUUUCUGUACAUUGCUGAAACUAUCAAAACUCGGGAACUGGAUCACUUUGAAAACGACAGUACUAACAAGGGUCAUGACAUGGAAAUGAUGGUGGUUAGGGAUCAAAGAGCUGGGUGUACUAAUAGGUCAGCAACUACCUAUAAGCAUUCUCCAAGGGGCAGCCACAAGAAAGGCAAGAGAAACCUGGAAACCUUAGGAGAGGUAUUUAGCCAAGCUCUGCGCUGCCUGUACAUCGGUAAGGAAUUAAUCUCAAAGGCUGGGUUGUAAUGUGCAGACUGACAGUGCACAAAUACCCCCAGAAGCUGCUCUUAGACCUGGAAGCAGAUCCUAAGAUCUUAGAACCAGAAAGCUGGAAGCGUUUGCCCAAGACAGCUGGUACCAAGAGCAGGACCUUAGAACUUGCUGAACAAGAGCUCAGGUGAGCUUUUCUUGCAGAUGGAGUUGCAAUAGGAUGGCCAUUGAGGAGCCCCUGGCCAGCAGGCACCUGCACCCCAGGGCAGACACAGAUUCGGCAGGUCACAAGGUCACGGUGCCACGUUCUCUCAGAAUUGCUGGCUGAGGAGGACUAUGGGAGACGAGACUUACCGUGAUUCAGACUGAAACCGAGUUAUGAAAAACUGUCUGCAGACCACAGCCCUCACCUCUCCAACAGCUCUGCGAAUGGGACCAGGGGCCAGCCGAGGCUGCUCUGUCCUGGGGCUCAGCACAGCGAUGGCAUGUGGCAGUCCCAAUGGCAGGGAGAGGACCUCAAGGACCCUCCAGGACAUUUCCCCUCCAAGUGGGUGAGGAAGGCUGAUGGGCAUUGCCCAGUGAGGGAUCGGGCACUGAACGAACCCAAGAAGAACCCAAAGCCACUCCACCACCAGAAGAACUGCUGUGGGGCCACAUGGCAGACAGGCUCCUCAAUCAACAGGGGGUGGUACAAGCCAUGGCAGUGGCAACAGAGGAAGCUCAGCCCUGGGGAAAUGCAUUGAAGAGGGGCGGGGGUGCUUCCUCCACCAGCCUUGCUGCUGCCACAGCCACCAGCGAAUGGUCAUCGCAGAGCACCUUGCUGGUCCCAUGCCAGGAGCACCACUGCAAGGGCUCAUCGCACCUGCAGGCCACCCCGCAACGGGUCAGGAGGAGCAGUCAGCCUCUCCGAGGACAGCGAGCAAGCAGGAACUGUUCCUCUUAAUACCACCAGAAUGAACCAGAACAGCUGCAGUAUCACAGCCUAUGAAAACUUUCCGCUUGUCCAGCUGUGUGUUUACAUUCCAGUUUUUAUUUUGGGCAUUUUUCUGAACGUGUUGGCGCUCUGGGUGUUCUGCUGCAAGCUCAACAAGUGGACAGAAACCAAAGUAUACAUGGUCAACUUGGCUGUGGCCGACUGCUUGCUGCUCUUCACUUUGCCUUUUAAAACAUUAUCCAAUUUCCAACAGAUGAAGGUAGGUAGAUGGUGUCUGGUUCUGGAAAGUGGCUAUUUCAUAAACCGCUUAAUGAGCAUCAGUAUCAUCACUGUCGUGGCAGCCGACCGGUACCUUGCCAUCAAGUACCCUUUGAAAGCCAAAGCGCUGAGGUCACCACUGCAGGCAUCUUUUGCAUCUGGAUUUCUUUGGAUAGUCAUCAUCUGUGUGAUUUUCCUUACUAAAAUGAUAGAGAAUCGAGAUCAAGAUGAACUUUGUUUCGAAAAAACCUCUGUUAAGCCCUCAGUAAUCAGUCUAUGUGUUAUUAUUGGAGGGUUUUUCAUACCACUGAUCAUUGUGAUUUAUUGCUCCAUACAAGUCAUUGCAGAACUCUUGAAAAAGAAGAAUGAAAACUGUCACGAGAAAAAGCUCAUCAGGAAGGCUGUCUACAUUGUCACUGCAAACAUGGCAGUGUUCAUCAUAUGCUUUUUGCCUCUUUACCUUGGACAUCUCCUUCGCUUUAUAAUGGACUCCAUCAGCUCCAGCUGCCCUGCGAUACAGAGGGUUAACAACUUUGUUCACCUUGCCUCGGUCCUUGCAAACACAAACUGCUGCCUCGAUGCUAUUUGUUACUACUUUGUAAACAAGGAAUUUAAGGAAGCAUCUCCCAAGCUAGUGAGGUCCAAAUCUGAAUCCAUCGAAGAUGCUAAAAUUCAGCUUCCCACACAUUAGAAUAAAAUGUACGCGGCACACAUUUUUGGCAUCUCCAUAUGCAACUGGGACUCAAUAAAAGGAUCAAUAUUAACACUGAAAGUGUUGAAACUAUUCUUUUUAUGUGUGAUGGAGGAACUUCCUGCUAAUGGGAAGGAUUCAGAUAAAUGAAAAUCAGCCCUGAUUCAGACAACCACAGCAGCCCAUAUCAUGAUGCAACAAUCUAGAUUGCCACUACAAUUCUCUGUCAUAUGCAAAUUUGAGUAAAAUGGUUCACUUCUACUGCAAAAAAUCAAAUUUCCCCCCAAAACCCCGAACAAGUACAGACAAUGGUAAAAGUUUCUUCUGUCCAUCCCCCUGCCUAUGUCCGGCUUUUAUGCAGUUGUGACAAAGAAACAGAUUUUUUCAAGUAUCAAAAAAAAAAACCUAACUCAAAGUGAAACAACUGCAGAAAAAGAUGGAUGUGUUUAUGUAACAGAUGUCUUUUCUUAGCAAUAAAUGCAAAAUCACAGUAGCAGAGGCACAUUUAGCCUGCUUUGGUCAAGUUUACGGCACAAUUCAGACUAUAAAACAGCUACAAAACUGUCAUCAAUUACAAGAAGAGGUCAGAAAAACUGCAAUUACUUGUACUGGGAGAAAAGCUUCACAUUGAAUGCAUUUGAGUCAAACGACAUUAAAACUUCUAUCCAAAGAGCUGGGGUGGCUGGGUGGGAACGAGGACACUGUAAACAGAGUCUGUUCAACAUUAUAAUGCAAAUAGUUGUCUAAAGAAAGUAGCAACACAUUUUUCCAAAGUAUCCAAUGUAAAUAAAAAAUUUUGUUACUGGCACAGAGCACCAUCGCUUAAUGAAUUAAAUGGAAACAGUGGGGAUCUAGUGGUUAUGGGAUCUGCUUGGUCCCCAAGGAGGGAGCUCAUUGCCUCUGCUGUCCAAGCAAAGGG